UUGGACCUAGGGCGUUUGUUGUUGUUCCUAGGGCAUUUGUUGUUGUUCCUAGGGCAUUUGUUGUUGGACCUAGGGCGUUUGUUGUUGUUCCUAGGGCGAUUUACAGAACGCAUAUGAGUUGUCUUUUACAUGUUCCUUCGAGCCGGAUCGGAGCAGUUGUCAUUGAAACAGAAUAGACAGUGAUUUGUGUUCUCUCUCCUGUCAGGUCCCAGCCCAGAGCGUGUCUUCAGAGGACAGUAAACAUGUCCUGGUUCGCAUCCUGUGGGACAACCCGUCACUCCACCAGGACUCUGUCCAGGCCCUAUACAUGCUCUGGCACGCACAUUUCUCUCUCCCCUCAGCCAGUGGAACGGUGUAUGAGGAGGGCCAGCCCCAGGACCAUCUCUUCUCCUCUGAGGUCCUACAAGGUGCAGUGAGGAACAUCCAGAAGGGGGAUGUCUACCAGCCCAUGAGUCAGAUCCUACAGCUGCUGGGACCAGAGCUGGGCUUCAACAGACAGAGGAGUCUGUACAGAGAUCUCCUCUUCCUGGCGUUGACCGCCUUGGGGAAGAGCAACAUCAAUAUUGAUGCGUUUGAUCGUGAGUACAAGGUUGCUUACGACCGCCUCAGCCCCAGCCAAGUGAAGCUGACACACAACUGUGACCGGCCUCCGGGAGCAGGAGUCAUGGAAUGUAGAAGGAUGUUCGGGAAACCCAUUCUGUGAACCCCCCCCCCCCGGCUGCUAUCCAUCCAUCCCUCCCAAAACAUGACUGCUGCUCACUUACUACCAGCCCCUCUCUCUGUGGCCCCUCUCUGUGGCCCCUCGCUCUGGCCCCUCUCUCUGUGGCCCCUCUCUCUGUGGCCCCUCUCUGUGGCCCCUCUCUCCCUCUCUGUGGCCCCUCUCUCUGGCCCCUCUCUCCCUCUCUCUGGCCCCUUUCUCCCUCUCUGUGGCCCCUCUCUCUGUGGCCCCUCUUUCUGGUCCCCUCUCUCCCUCUCUGUGGCCCCUCUCUCUGUAGCCCCUCUCUCUGUGGCCCCUCUCUCUGGCCCCUCUCUUCCUCUCUGUGGCCCCUCUCUCUGUGGCCCCUCUUUCUGGCCCCUCUCUCCCUCUCUGUGGCCACUCUCUCUGUGGCCCCUCUCUCUGUGGCCCCUCUUUCUGGCCCCUCUCUCCCUCUCUGUGGCCCCUCUCUCUGUGGCCCCUCUCUCUGUGGCCCCUCUCUCUGGCCCCUCUCUCCCUCUCUGUGGCCCCUCUCUCUGUAGCCCCCCUCUCUCUGUGGCCCCUCUCUCUGUGGCCCCUCUCUCUGUGGCCCCUCUCUCUGUAGCCCCCCUCUCUCUGUGGCCCCCCUCUCUGGCCCCUCUCUGUUGGGGUGAACUCCUCAGGGCCAGCCCACCUGACACCCCAGACAAGGGAAGGAAAGUCAUUGGUACCCAACAUGCACUUAGACACUGAAGCGUAGUGUGGAACGAAUACACAGAAAAGAUCCUAGAAGCUUUCGGAGACGCUCCACACCGGUUACAAUAGGACAUUUACACGUCAGUCAUUUAGCAGGCACUCUUAUCCAGAGACACUUACAGGAGCAAUUAGAGUUAAGUGCCUUGCUCAAGAGCACAUUGAAAGAUGUUUCACUUUAGUCGCCCCCCGGGAUUCGAAUCUGUGACUUUUUGGUUAAUGGCCCAAUGCUCUGAACCGCUAGGCUACCUGCCUCCUUCACAUGGUAUUCACAUGGUUUGACAUGGUAUUCACGGUAUGACAUGGUAUUACAAUGGGACCACAUAGCUAUUACAUGGUAUCUCAUGGUAUCCCAGUAGAACCUCAUGAUACCUCAUGGUAUCACAAUAGGACCUCAUGGUAUCACAAUAGGACCUCAUGGUAUCACAAUAGGACCUCAAAGUAUCACAAUAGGACCUCAUGAUAUCACAAUAGGACCUCAUGGUAUCACAGUAGGACCUCAUGGUAUCACAGUAGGACCUCAUUGUAUCACAGUAGGACCUCAUGGUAAUAGGACCUCAUUGUAUCACAGUAGGAUCUCAUGGUAAUAGGACCUCAUGGUAUCACAAUAGGACCUCAUGGUAUCACAGUAGGACCUCAUGGUAUCACAGUAGGACCUCAUGGUAAUAGGACCUCAUGGUAUCAGAAUACGACGUCAUGGUAUCAGAAUACGACCUCAUGGUAUCACAGUAGGACCUCAUGGUAUCACAAUAGGACCUCACGGUAUCACAGUUGGACCUCAUGGUAAUAGGACCUCAUGGUAUCACAGUAGGACCUCAUGGUAUCACAGUAGGACCUCAUGGUAUCACAGUAGGACCUCAUGGUAUCACAGUGGGACCUCAUUGUAUCACAGU